GUAAUUUCAGUUAAUGUUUUUUUUAAUAUCGUUUUAUAAGUGGAGGACAGUUUGGGUCUCAAAAUACCAGCAGUACUAAACAGCUUUACAAAUGGAUAUACAAUCUUUCAUAUCAAUUUUCAUCUCAAGCUACAGAAAUUCUAUAGUCAUAUUGUCAGUGAUCACACGUCACAAGAAUAAAACGGUGUCCGGUGUUCCCUGGUGCUUCAUGAUGAAAUUUGCCACCGCAGGUCAAACUCGCAGAAUCUUUAGUAUCAUCCUUGAUGCUGAAGCCGGCUGGAAGGGAAGUAGAAGUGGCUUGGGUGGAUGGCAUUGUUUCCUUCCCAACGGAGAGCAUUGAUGAGGCAGUCGAGGAGGGAGAUAGACAAGUUAUUGCAAGUGAAAGCCAGCAAGAUAGGGAGAUGCCAACACUCAGUGUAAUUCCUGUAGAGACGGCACCGCUUCAUAACCCAGUCUUCAUCAAUGAUAUUCGACUCAGCGAAUUCAAGCAGGUCCUGAGUCGAGCUGGUAUAAGUUCCGAGUUCAAUGCUGGUAUUCUUUGGUGUGCAAAUGGAACUCUGGCCUUGAAGAAACAAGAGUCCGGCAGCCUGUCUCUGGAAGGACCGAUGAGUGCGGAUUAUUUUGAAAUUCGUGAACUACUUUAUUCACAGUACGCAAUGAUCUAAGAAACACUUUUGAGGGGAUGCAACAUGGAAUUUGUUGACCAUGUUGAGAGAUCAAGGCUCACCAUGAUGAAGAUGUUACAAAGAAAGAAAGUGCAACUUGGAAUGAGGAUAUUGUUUUUAUGGAAUAUCAUUUUUAUUAUUAUUAUUUUUUUAAUGGUAAUUGUUCAUGUUUAAAAUAACUUAACAGGUAAUAAGAUUUAAUUUAAGAAUAUUAUUAUCUCUAUCUGAAUUUCAUGUAGGUAUAAUAGAUUAUAUUAUUUGAAUAUUCCAGUGUCAGGAGAGAAUAAAAGUUUGGUUGUGUUAACUCUUUCACAAAACAUUAUUCUGCCUUGGAAUUUAAGAUAAGUGAGUGAUGAUUCUUUAUCCUGUUGUCAAGUUAUUAAAUAAACCAAUUUUGGUAACAGUUACCAAAAUGGACAGAAAAAAACACACUGAUAAUCAAGUUCUAUGAAAUGAUUCAAUAAAAACAUACCAACAUUACCAGUUAAUAGAUAUAAAGAUAUUUUUAAAGGGCAUAAAAUGUAUUGGUUUAUGAAUAUUUGUGUUUUAAUUUUUUUUUUUUUUUUAUCACCUCAAAAUCUAAAAUAUGUUUUGUAUAUAAGUUCUUGUGCUGCUGGUAUGAACAGUAAUGUAUG